AUGGCACGAACCAUUGAGUAUGUUUUACCAGAAUUCACUCACACAAAGGGCCAUGCGUUGGGGGUGACUGUUUUGACCCGAAACACUGCUGGCGUUCUCUAUUCAGGAGGCCGCGACGGCCGUAUCGUAGCAUGGGCAUGUCCAGAAUCUAAGCCGUACCAGAUCGCUUCUGAGCAAGCACACAUUAAUUGGAUCACAGGACUUGCCUCGGCGGGCCAUAGCGUUGCUUCCUGUUCAAAUGAUACUACUGUAAAUUUAUGGAACGAGUCGCUAUCGUAUUUCACUAAACUCGGGAACCACUCGGACUACGCUACCGCGCUGACGAUAAUGAAGCCUCAAGGCAGUAAUGCUGACGAUUUUAUAGUGGUAUCUGGUGGUCUCGAUAGCCAUAUAUAUGGUUGGUCUUCUACUGCCCCCGGAAAGCCCGUGUUUGACUUUACAGUUCCCGGCGAACGCGGAUCCGUGUACUCUAUCGCUUCUUCCCACAAGCAUUCUCUAGUUGCCUCCGGUACAUCUGACUCCAUUGUGCGGUUGUGGGAUAUCCGACAGGAGAAGAAGCCGAUUCACCGCUUAAUGGGGCAUACCGAUAAUGUUAGGGCUCUGGCUAUUAUUGACGAUUGGGUGGUCUCGGCCUCCAGUGAUACCACGGUUAAGCUGUGGAAUUUGACGAGCGGGAAACUAUUCAAGACGUUUUCGGAACAUUCAACUUCAGUAUGGUCCCUCCUGCUCGGCAAUACGCCGCCCGACAAAGGAACAUUUCUGAGUGCGGAUAGAUCGGGCAAGGUGAUUUCGAAUUCUCCAAACGGACCGCAUACAGUUCUGAUGGCCCAGUCCGGAAUAACUAGUAUGUCGCUUUGUGGCAACCUUUUAUACACUGCAGCUUCAAGAGAGACCCUGGAAGGGUAUGAUAUCUCUCAACCGGAGCCUCUGUCAAAACCUACAGUUCAGCUUGAGGGACAUGUUGGGCUGAGAAAGUACAGGCUACUGAACGACAAACGACGAGCGCUAACUCUGGAUACAGAUGGCAAUGUGAAGAUGAUCGAUAUCACUCGAGGUAUUGCUCUGGACUUUUCCCAUAAGCUUGUCGAUGAUGACUCUGACACAGAAUUGGACAUGAUUCUGGACCAGGUGAACACACCUCAUGUUUUAGACAAUUGGUGUCAAGUUUCGGUACGUGCAGGUCAGCUCGUUGUGAGGCUGGACGGGAGAUCAGUUGGAAACACCGAGGUGUAUGCCGAUGAACUAGUGGAGGUUGAAGGUCUAGACUUCAGCCAAGUGGUGUAUGACGAUGAAACCCGGAUUAACCUUGGGCAAUGGACAUUGUCCAACUUAUUUACUGCCCUGAUCGAUCACCAGACGACAAAAUACAACAACGCAGCAACUGUGAGCGAUGUUGAGGAUAUUAAAGAAGUUACCCCUUUCUCAGGUACCAAAACCCCAGAGACGGUCCCUGAAGGCGCAGACAAAAACACAGGCAAGCUUGAGAAAAAGUCAAGACUUAGAAGAAUCUUUGGUUUGAGCAAAAAGGAUACACCUGCUGCGGCGCCCAGUACGGAGCCUGCGGCUACUGCACCGAACCAGCAACCUGCAGCUGCGACCGAAUCAGCUACGUCUACUGCAGCUGAAGAGGAAGAGGAGCUCCCAAAAAACUUUGCCGAAGUGUUCAACAGCGCUGUCAAAUUGCAAUCAUUCUCGCCUAUGGCACCCUCUGAUGCACCAAGCGUCACGUUCGAUCCCCGAACUCGCCUGAUCAUCUCUGAGGUUGGGCAAGAUGCUGGCGCGCCUACUUGCGUCUAUAAUCAAGUUAUUGGCAAACUCAGCAACGCAUCGGAAAUUGAGGCCCUUGAGACUAACUUGCCCGGAUGGGUUGGCGAGAUUGUACUCCAGUCAAACAUGCCUCCACGGUACCUCUCGAAAAUUGGGUUCCUGGUGCUGUUUGAGAACAAAGAAGGACAUGAAGCAGGACACAUGGAAAAAUCCCGGCUAAUGGCGAACCCCGUGCUACGAGCCCGCAAAAUUAUGACCUACAUUGUUAAGCAGAUGAUCCAAAACAAGAAGCUUCCUGACACAGCGCUGAAUCAACGGCCAGAGGACAUCGUUGAGCUUGUAUGCAAAGACCAAGUGAUUGAUCCAAACACAAUGUUAUCUGUUAUCCGCACGCGGAUUUGGCGCACUGGCGGUGAAGUCCAACUACAUUACAAAAUUCUUGUAGAUAUACUGGAAUAG